UUUUCUCUUCGCAUCCGCUCCUUCGACACCCUCCGUUUCGCCUCCGCCUCCUCCCCCUCUUCUCUCUCCCCAUCCAUUCUAGGGUUUUGAGGAAGGUGUGCGUACAAAUGGCGUCUUCGUCCGCCCAAAUCCACGCUCUCGGCUCCUCCGCCGCCCCUUCCUUCCCCUCCUCUUCGAGGGCGAAGAGCGUCUCCUCCUCGAGCUCCCUCUUCUUCGGCUCCCGCCGCGCCCAUGGCGUCAUCGGAGCUCCGCUCCGCCUUAGGACCGCGGCGGGGAGGGGAGCCCGGCGCUCCGCCGCCGCGGCCCCCCUCCGCGUGGUGUGCGAGAAGGUGGUGGGGAUCGACCUCGGCACCACCAACUCUGCGGUGGCGGCGAUGGAGGGGGGGAAGCCGACGAUCGUGACGAACGCCGAGGGGCAGCGGACGACGCCCUCCGUCGUGGCGUACACGAAGAACGGCGACCGCCUCGUGGGCCAGAUCGCGAAGCGCCAGGCGGUGGUAAACCCGGAGAACACCUUCUUCUCCGUGAAGCGCUUCAUCGGGAGGAAGAUGUCGGAGGUCGACGAGGAGUCGAAGCAGGUGUCCUACAAGGUCGUCAGGGACGAGAACGGGAACGUGAAGCUCGAGUGCCCCGCCAUCGGGAAGCAGUUCGCCGCUGAAGAGAUCUCGGCACAGGUUCUGAGGAAACUUGUUGAUGACGCUUCCAAGUUCUUAAAUGAUAAGGUUACCAAAGCAGUAGUCACAGUUCCUGCCUAUUUCAAUGACUCUCAGAGGACCGCAACAAAAGAUGCUGGUCGUAUUGCUGGAUUGGAAGUUCUUCGUAUCAUAAACGAGCCAACUGCAGCAUCAUUGGCUUAUGGAUUUGAAAAGAAGAACAAUGAAACGAUUUUAGUGUUUGACUUGGGAGGUGGCACCUUCGAUGUCUCAGUUCUUGAGGUUGGAGAUGGUGUUUUUGAGGUGCUCUCUACAUCAGGUGACACUCAUCUUGGUGGUGAUGACUUUGACAAGAGAAUUGUAGACUGGCUUGCUGCCGACUUUAAGAGGGAUGAAGGCAUUGAUCUUUUGAAAGAUAAGCAAGCCCUCCAGCGACUCACUGAGACUGCAGAGAAGGCCAAAAUGGAGUUGUCAUCGUUGACUCAGACUAACAUUAGCUUACCAUUUAUUACUGCCACUGCUGAUGGGCCAAAACAUAUUGAGACAACCCUCACGAGGGCCAAAUUCGAGGAGUUGUGUUCGGACCUCCUUGAUAGGCUGAAGACACCUGUGGACAAUUCUCUGAAAGAUGCAAAGCUGUCAUUCAAGGAUUUAGAUGAGGUAAUUCUUGUUGGGGGCUCAACUCGAAUUCCAGCAGUACAGGCGCUUGUGAGAAAAAUGACGGGAAAGGAGCCUAACGUUACUGUGAACCCCGAUGAGGUUGUUGCUCUUGGGGCAGCUGUUCAGGCAGGAGUUUUGGGUGGAGAGGUGAGUGACAUUGUCCUUCUCGACGUCACCCCACUCUCUCUUGGUCUGGAGACGCUAGGUGGGGUUAUGACGAAGAUCAUCCCUAGGAAUACAACCCUGCCCACUUCGAAAUCGGAAGUAUUCUCCACUGCAGCUGAUGGGCAGACGAGUGUGGAGAUCAACGUCCUUCAGGGCGAGAGAGAGUUUGUGAGGGACAACAAAUCUAUUGGAAGCUUCCGGCUUGAUGGGAUCCCUCCGGCACCACGUGGCGUCCCACAGAUUGAAGUCAAGUUUGAUAUCGAUGCCAAUGGUAUUCUCUCUGUUACUGCUGUGGAUAAGGGCACCGGGAAGAAGCAGGACAUUACUAUUACCGGCGCCAGCACCUUGCCCACCGAUGAGGUGGAGAGGAUGGUGAAAGAAGCCGAGAAGUUUGCCAAGGAGGACAAGGAGAAGCGAGAUGCCAUCGACACCAAGAACCAAGCAGAAUCGGUUGUUUACCAAACCGAGAAGCAAUUGAAGGAGCUCGGAGACAAAGUCCCCGCUGCGGUGAAAGAGAAGGUGGAGGCGAAGCUCAACGAGCUCAAGGACGUCAUCGCAGGUGGAUCGACGCAAGGAAUGAAGGACGCGAUGGCCGCUCUAAACCAGGAGGUCAUGCAGCUGGGCCAAUCCCUAUAUAAUCAGCCCGGCAGUGGACCCACGGCCGGAGCCGGGGCCGCCUCUGGGGGUGGGGCAGAUGCCGGGCCUACGGGCUCCGCAGGCAAGGGGUCCGACAAUGGGGAUGUUAUUGACGCUGAUUUUUCCGACAGCAAAUGAUGAUAAUCGGCAUCUGGGGGAAUCAUAAUAAGAUUUGAGUUAGAGUAGGAAGUAAAUUCUUUUUUCUCCCUCACAUUUAAUAUAUUAGGACAUGGAUGGGUAAGCUAGGUAUUUCACAUGAGUGAUAUUUAAAAGAAAGGAUAGCUCUUUACUAUAUCUAAAGCUUUUGCAAAGAAAUUUGUUCUAUUUGAAAAAAUUUUGUGGAUUGAAUCUAUGUUGAGAUGUAAUAGAAGUUUUCUUUCCCACGUGAAGGGCCUCUUUUAAUA